AUGGAGUUUCAAAACCUUUUCUGUGAUAACGAGUUUGUGGAAUUGAUGUCCUCGAAUAUUUCCUUGAUGACUCCAGUACUACCCUACAGUGAUGACGUCACAUCGAGGUACUCAGAGAACUAUUUGACGCCUUCCAACACAGGUGAUCGAAAGUCGUGCUACACGGACGGAACUGUGCUGUUGUCACGUUGUAAUGGUUCCGAAUCAUCAAAUUAUACCACACAAUCAAGAUCGAGUGAGUCGGUGACAUCAUCGUAUGAUGGCGAAUCAGUAACAUCGUUAUUUUCCGGUGAAUCGGUAACAUCGCCAUUUUCCGGCGAUUCAGGAACAUCGUUAUAUUCCGGCGAAUCGGCAACAUCGUCAUUUUCCGGCGAAUCCGUUUCGUCGACGAACGUGACGUCGUGCGAGUGGAUAGUGUCACCCAGUAUAUCGGAAGACCUACUCUCACACUCUGACUUCAACGAAGUGUUUUCCGACUGCGUCAUUCCCUCCGACGAGUCAUUCUCUGACCUCAUCAGCUACGAUGACGUAUUCGAUCCGCCGGCGAUAUCCGAAAUGGACGACUCGUUUACAGAGCACAAGAGUGGAGAAACGUGUUCACCGCGAAGUCUGUGCCAAAACAUUGCCCGACCAACACCGCAAAACUCCACUCAGCAGAACAGACUUACGUAUACACCCCGAAAUACGCACAACUCAAAUUCGUGUCCCGCGAAACCGAGGCGGAAGCGGGUUCAAUCGACGCGCCAGCGAUCGGCUGCCAACGUGCGCGAGAGAAACAGAAUGGUGUAUCUGAACACGGCUUUCGGCGUUCUCAAAAGCAAGUUGCCCGGACUUAACAACAAAAGACUGUCAAGGAUAGAAACUCUCAGGACGGCCAUAUCCUACAUAAAGUGCAUGGAAGACAUCACUUCGUGA